CCAGGCAGAGCAAGGGGAAGAUGGCGGUGCCCAAGGCCGCGGCGGUACUGAGGCACGUGAAGAGCGUCAUGGUCCGGUUUUGCCCUUUCCAGACCAACGUGGAAACCACGCGAAUAUUUCUUGAACAUGUAAACAGUAAAAAAGCUCGUGCCUCCAAUAUCAACUGUGUAGUGACAACAGAUGUAAGACAUGAUGGAUCUGAACCAGUUGUAGACAUCAUGUUUGCUGAUGGAGACAGAUUGAUAAUGAAAGGAGCCAACUUGACAGCAGCAGAAAUGUUAUCAGCUUUCAACUCCAGAUGCAUAGCAAAAGACCUUAAGGCAGAAGAGAAAACCAAGAAGAAGGGUGCUUGAAGAUCAAAGGAACAAUUAUGGUUAAAAUUGAUUAGGCAUGUGAAAAGCAGCGAGCAGCUUUUGUCAUCAGAACUACAUAGGAAACUUCACUAAUAACCGACAUGAAAUCUUAAAAAGAGACAUGGACAAAAUGCUGGCCAAUUCAACAUACAGCUGAAUGAUUCAUAUAAAUAUAUAUUUUUCCCAAGGAAAAUAUAAUGGAGAAGCUAAAAUCGUUAACUCUGGCAGGGUCGGCAAGUCUUGUAUGCACAAAUAAAUUCCUCUAGCCAUAUACACAAACCAUCAGUCUCUUGACCAUGCACACACUGGAUCAAUGCCAUGCCUAUUUGUAUAUUAAUAUGAAUAAUGAAGAUGAGCCUAAGAAAUUUGU